CUCUGAGAACAAAGCCACUGACCAAUAAUACCUUUUCUGUGUGACAUAUAAGUAAACAAUGCCUACGAGAUAAACGAAGAGCCAUACAAACGAACCAUUCAAACUGCGGGAUACAGUACAUUACUGCUUUCAUAGGGAAUAGGUCACCACAUUCCUUGCUGCUGUUAUACUGAACUUCCCGGUGGGUCUUAAGUAUUCUAAGUUGUUGUUGCAUUUAAAGAACUUCCUGAAAGAUGUCAGAUUUUGCUAAUCUCACGCAGACCUUGGAAGAUGCCUUUAAGAAGGUCUUUACCAACUACAUGAACAGCUGGCACAUGAAUGAAACAAAGGCAGAGAAGGCCCUGAGCGACAGACUGGCAGCAGAGAAUUUCAACAAUGUUGUCUGGUACCUGAUGGUCAUGAUUGGCAUGUUUUCCUUCAUCAUUGUGGCAAUCCUGGUGAGCACGGUGAAAUCCAAACGGAGGGAGCAUUCCGACGACCCUUACCACAGGUACAUUGAGGAGGACUGGACUGCCAAGCUGAAGAAUCAGAUCUUGAUCAUGGAAAACCCAAUGGCGAACUGAGAGCACUGAGAAUCAAUAAUACAAAAUAAAGAUUGAAAUGUACAUCCAUUUAAAAAAAAAAACACACUAUGUGGUAUUGUAUAUUUCUGCAGAACCCAAGAAUUACAAACCUGCUGUACAACAAACUGUACUGUAAUGGAGAGGGCAUGUAGUAUUUAUCCAAUAUUUAUAUGUCUUCCAUGACUCUAUCCUUGCCAAACAUGACAAAGGUGGCCUGGUGUAUGUGAGCUUAAACACAUAACAUGUGAUUUUAAAUGUCAUAAAGAUAAUGUGCUUAAUUUAAUUGAUCUACACAGUGCUGGAUCUAAAUACAGACACUGCAAUCAUUGAAAUGUGUGUAUCAAGGUUUUGAAAUUCAAGCAUCUUAUCAGUGCAAGUUACAUAUUUCUGCUCUUUUGGUUGACUAGGCUCCUUUUUCUUUGGAUGUCCAAUGUGUUUUCAUUUUCUGUAAUCGUAAAUACAACUCCUAAUGAUUCAGAUGUUGAAAAUUCAGCAAGGACUCCCAUUAUACUCUGUCUGGAACAUUUUAAUGUGGUGAUAAUACGCAGAACGGGACAAUCAGUAAGUGAGUGACUGGCAAUUGACUUUGUAUCAGAGUUUGGAAACAUAAUGAUUACAAAAAAAUAUUGUAAUAGCAUUUAAUUUAAAUAAUCCAUUAUGGAUAUAAUAUUGUUACUUAUAUGAAAGGGGUAUAUGUGACAAUUGGCCUUUUAUUUGUAUGUUGCUCUUAUUGUAUUACUUGUAUUGUAACACUUGAAAUGUAUUUGCUUACGAUUGUAAGUCGCCCUGGAUAAGGGCGUCUGCUAAGAAAUAAAUAAUAAUAAUAAUAAUAAUAAAUAUAGAGGACUAUAAUAAACAACAGCCUUUUAUCUUGCUAUCAAAA